AUGCAUAAAGACGUUCCAGCAAUACAAGCAUCCAGCUUCUCCGUGCUUUACCAGUCAAAUACCGAUACAAACUUUGAAGAUAUCGCAGCAUUUAAAUCAGCUUUUGCGCGGUCGGCGGAGGAUGCACGUGUUUAUGCGCAGCUCAAUCUUCUUCUUGAGCAGGGUCUAGAGUAUGCUAUAAUGCUAUAUACCUGGCGCUCGAUGUCGAGAGCUCUCCCUCAUAUAAGAUCAAAUGAACAGCCUCACCGAAUGGAAAUUUAUCAUAAAACCGUUGAGAUCCUAGAGCCUCAUGCUCAAAAAUUGAGGGAAUUUAAGAAUUUUCAGGACUCUGCGAUAGACCGAUUCGUUGAAGAAAUGAGGCGCCUUGCACAUAAAGACCAGAAAAAUUUCUUUGUUAGCCAAAGUUAUCUGUUGACGCUCGGGAAGAUGUUAAAAAUGUUUGUAGUCCUGGAUGAAAUGAAGAAUAUGAAGGCUAGCAUGAAAAACGAUUACUCUAACUACAAGCGUGCUACUCAGCUUCUUCGCCAUCAUGAUACUGAGCUAAUGAAAGAAUCCCAAGAAGUCAGCAUGUUUCUUGCAAAACAGAAGAUAAUUAGGGAUACUCUUAAGGAACGUUUGGUGACUAUUGACGGUUACGAAGAACUUCUUGCUGAAAUAAUUAACAACAGUGUCAAUAUGUAUGAGAACAAGAUUUAUGUGCUCCCAGAAGAAAAGCAUACGCUGGUUAUGGUUAUCGCAUUUUCUUUGUAUUUGGCUGAUUCUUCUCGAAUAAUUGACGGGAAGCAAGUCGUCGUUUCACUAAGCAAGAUGGCCAAAAAAAUAAGCAUAUCAAAAAUCGACAGAAUAUUUAAGGAGUGCGAAGUUGUGAAUCUUUUUGGAGAUAUGAGUGUCGAACCCUUUCAUUAUGUAAAGCAGAAUAGUUCAUAUGACUCCUCAAAAUGGUCUGAAUGCACUAACCAUUCCAAGACUUCUAGUCAAGGCGCAAUUUUAAUUCAUGUUCAAAGAUUCAGGUGA